GCUCAGAGCAACGUGAUGAGUUGUUCCUUCUCUCUCUUCCAGAAACUGACGUUCUUCGGCUCAACGCUCCUCGACAGCGCUCCUCCGCCGGGGCAGGCUCUGGAGAUCCCUGGAGCUCAUAGACCCGCAGUCGUGGCCAGAAAUGGACUGGUCCUCUUUGGCAAUGACGGGAAAAUGCUGUUGGUGAAAAACCUCCAGUUUGAAGAUGGGAAGAUGAUUCCAGCCUCAAAGUACUUCUCCUCCACUGAGAGCUCCUCGCUGGAGUUAACUGAAGAAGAGAAGAAGAUCAAAGAGGAAAUUCGAGCUGUUUGGAAAGGCAUACUCUCCAACGUGGCGGAAAUCAUGGAAACAACUGAUUUCUUCAAGUCUGGAGCUGCCUCGAUGGAUGUGGUCAGGCUGGUGGAAGAAAUCAGGCUGAAAUGCAAUGGUCUUCAACUGCAGAAUGAAGAUGUCUACAUGGCUACUACCUUCGAGGACUUCAUGCAGAUGAUCGUGAGGAAGUUCCGGGGUGAAGAUGAGGAAGAGGAGAUGGUGAUAGAUUACAUUGAAAUGAACGUUAACAACUUGACGAUCCGCAUGCCCCACCAAGCCUUCAUCAACGGAGAGUUUGUUGACGCAGAAGGAGGGAACUGGUACCACUCCAUCAAUCCGACCGAUGGCUCGGUGAUCUGCAAGGUGUCCCUGGCCCAGGUCUCUGAUGUAGACAAGGCAGUGGCUGCAGCCAAAGAAGCCUUUGAGUCUGGCGAGUGGGGCAAGAUGAACCCCAGGGACCGGGGCAGACUGAUCUACAGACUGGCGGAUUUGAUGGAGGAACACCAGGAGGAACUGGCGACGAUUGAAGCCAUCGACUCAGGCGCCGUCUACACCCUGGCACUGAAAACACACGUGGGCAUGUCCAUCCAGACUUUCCGCUACUUCGCCGGAUGGUGUGACAAGAUCCAGGGAUCCACCAUCCCGAUCAACCAGGCUCGACCGAACCGCAACCUGACCUUCACCAGGAGGGAGCCCAUCGGUGUCUGCGGAAUUGUGAUCCCGUGGAACUACCCGCUGAUGAUGUUGGCAUGGAAGGCGGCAGCCUGUCUUGCUGCAGGUAAUACCGUGGUCCUGAAGCCUGCACAGGUGACUCCCUUGACGGCACUGAAAUUUGCAGAGCUGACGGUAAAGGCGGGAUUCCCCAAGGGAGUUGUGAAUAUCUUACCUGGAGCUGGCUCUCUGAUCGGCCAGCGGAUCUCGGAGCACCCUGAUGUACGCAAGUUGGGGUUCACAGGCUCAACCCCGGUGGGCAAACAGAUCAUGAAGAGCUGUGCGGUGAGCAACGUGAAGAAGGUUUCCCUGGAGCUGGGGGGCAAAUCCCCACUGCUGAUCUUCAGCGACUGUGACCUGGACAAGGCUGUGCGGACGGGAAUGGGGGCCGUGUUUUUUAACAAGGGAGAGAACUGUAUUGCAGCAGGGCGACUUUUUGUAGAAGAGUCCAUCCAUGACCGGUUCCUAAACAAAGUGGUGGAGGAGGUGAAGAAGAUGAAGAUUGGUGACCCUUUGGACCGAUCCACUGAUCACGGCCCACAGAACCACAGAGCGCACUUGGACAAGCUGAUCGAGUACUGUGCCGUAGGAGUGAGGGAGGGAGCUCGGCUGGUCUGCGGGGGCAAGCAGGUCCCCAGGCCUGGAUUUUUCUUUGAACCCACCGUCUUCACGGAUGUGCAGGACCACAUGUUCAUUGCCAGGGAAGAAUCCUUUGGGCCCAUCAUGAUCAUCUCCAAGUUUGCUGACGGCGAUCUGGAUGCAGUUUUGAAACGUGCUAACAACACGGAGUUCGGUCUAGCGUCAGGUGUGUUCACCCGUGACCUGAGCAAGGCUCUGUACGUCAGUGAGAAGCUGCAAGCCGGCACGGUCUUCAUCAACACAUAUAACAAGACAGACGUGGCGGCGCCUUUCGGGGGCUUCAAGCAGUCUGGGUUCGGCAAGGAUCUGGGGCAGGAGGCGUUGAAUGAAUACCUGCGGACCAAAGCAGUGACCAUUGAAUAUUAGCGGGAGGAGAAUCCAGCGGCGCUUCUGCACGCGGAACCAAUAAUCAGAUGGACUUCUGUCAAUAAUUCAGGACUGACCCACCUUUACAAACACACACACACUGACACGCAGUGAUACACCAACCUCCUGGGCACAGAGCAGCGAGGGGUGGGGUAUGUGAAUCACUCUUCAUAGGAGUCAGUCUACAUAAUGCGGUGGUUCAAAUGAAUUGGAAUGGGAAUCGGAAUGGGAAUCAGAAUCGAAAUCAGAAUCGAGGAAUCAAAAUUAGAAUCAGAAUCAAAAUCAAACUGAGAAUUCAAAUCGGGAUGUCACUGCCAUAACUGACAGUGUAGUUUUAUGACAGCAGUACAUAACAUUACUGUAAAUUAAAAAUUAAAAAAAACAAAUAUAUAAGGAAUAAUGA